AUGACCACACCCAAGAUAGACGCACGGAGUACUGAUUGGAUCUCCUCAACAGUGUCGUACGCUGAGAUUGCAGCCAAGGGCCCCAAGCAGACCCCCGAGGAGGCCGCAGCCCCGCAGCCCCCCGAGAUCGUGUCCACCGAGUCUGCCUCCACCAGCUCUCUGGUCGACGUAGAUGCCCCCUCUGUCCGCACCGUCCCCUCCGACUUCCUGGAGCAGGAGAUCCAGACCGAGACCCAGGCUGAUCGCCUGUCGCGCGAGGAGGAGGCCAAGAAGCGAGCAAAGGAGGCCAAGGACAAGGCUGCUGCCAAGGCCCGCAAGGCCGACAACUGGAUCACCCAGAAGCUCGCCUCCCUCAGCGACAACCAGAGCAGCGCUCUGGUCGCUACAAACCUGGCUGCUGUCGUGGGACUGAGCGCAUUCCUGGGAUUCAAGGCUUGGGGUCUGUACGAGCGUGGUCGCCUGACCUGGCAGAGCGUCGGCCUGGGACUGGGCAUCCUGGGCGUCGUUGGUCUCGGCGAGAGCGUCUUCGCAGGAUUUUUCUACAAGGCGAAGGGCAAGAAGCAAUAG